AUGGCACAAGAAGAAUGUAAAUCCAUUGAUCUUGAAGAUAUAUUUUUUUAUGAUCGUCAUUCAUCUCAACAAUAUAUACUCAAACUUUCAUUAACAAAUCUUUCAAUUAUUUUAAAACAAGAUGAAAAUAAAGCUAAAUCAUCAUCUAUAAAUAAUACACGAAUUAUACCAAUUGAUGAUAUUUAUGGAUGUUUAUGUAUGAAAUCAACGAAAAAUUCUAAUCAAUGUUAUUUAACAUUUUAUUUGUAUAUAUUAAAACGAUCACAUACAUUUAGUGGAAUCGUUUCAAAAAAACGUGACUUUCAUCGAACACAACAUACAUUUAUAUAUGGAAAAUAUAAUGAUUAUGAAACAAAUUAUGCUGAAAUAAUACGAUGGCAUAAUAAUGUAACAUAUGCAAUUUAUUUACGACGAAAUCUUCCUUUUGAUAUUAUGACAACAAAACGUGAUAAACGUGCACUUGUUUUUGUUAAUCCAGCUGGUGGUGCAGGUAAAGCUUAUCGUCUUGUUAUGGAAUAUGCCGUUGGUAUAUGGAGUGAAGCUGAAUUUAAUUAUCAAAUAAUUGUAACAGAAUAUGCUGGUUAUGCUCGAGAAUAUGUACAAACAUUAGAAUUAAGUGAAUGGAGUGGAAUUAUUCUUGCUUCCGGUGAUGGACUUAUUUAUGAAGUGAAUAAUGUUUAUUUUUUCUAA